GUGCAGAUAAAAGUGGAGCUGGUGCAGAGUCGCAGCGUGCGUUCAACACGUGAAGACCUGAACUCAUCUCACUUUAUUUGAGUUUAUCAAAGCAGAACCAGAAAAAAAGUUCCCAGUUCCUUCAUUUCUGUCUUGCAUCCUCCAAGAUAUGGCCGUCUACCAACAGCCAGGGCGGGUGGUGACAGUGACCACCACCAGCCAAGCCCCUGGGACAUGGAGCACUGGCCUCUGCGACUGCUUCUCUGAUAUGGGCACCUGUUGCUGUGCCCUUUGGUGUUUUCCCUGCAUGCAGUGUCAGACUGCCAGUAUGCACGGCUGGUGCUGCCUAAUGCCCUGCCUAGAUGUCUGCUGUAUGGUGUCCUGCUUCCUCCGGUCCUCCAUUAGAGAGCGUCACAACAUCCCAGGCUCAUGCUGCGACGACUUCUGCAAGCUGUUAUGGUGUUACACAUGCGUCUGGUGCCAGAUGCACCGCGAGGUGAAGAUCAGGGGCAACAGGCCGGCCACCAACUCAGUGGUCACCACACAGGUCGUCAGUGGAUAGUAUGCAGAAAUGUUAGUUGUGAGUUGACGGAAUAUGACCUGUUUUCCAAAUAAUAAUUUCAUAAUAAUGGUGUGAUACAUUUCUUAAUGUUGUCAUAAUAUACAAAAAAAGCUUUGUUUUAUUUGUUCAGUGAAUGUUACACACGACUUGCCUUUGCUUCACCUCUAAUUUGUAUUAAACUUAUAAACUUAUAAUAAAA